AAGAGGCUCUGAAGCUAUGUUCUGGGAAGAAGGGAAACCGGGAGCCAUCACAGAUACUACGCGAUACUAUACUUGUAGAGUCGGGACGAAGUGAGCAUCUCAGUGCCUGCCCUUAUUACCUCCUCAAGUAAACAGAACUGAACAGUUGUAGCAAGUUUGGAGGAUGCUGAGUUGGCAUGGUAGCAUAUGUACCGACACCUACACCUGACUCUCACGCUCCAAACACCUGACUCUCUCAACAUUGCUGCAAAAUGAACAUAGGAGAGGCUGUGAGCAGCUGCGUCCAACAGCCUGGUUGACCAGUCCAGCAACGAGGAGGCCUGGUUGACGACUGGGCCGCAGGGUCGCUUAGCCCCGGUUGACGACUGGGCCGCAGGGUCGCCGAGCCCCGGAAUCGCCUCAAGGUCAAGCUGGAGCAAUAUAUAAAGUAUCUUAAGCCUUGAACUAGGCUUUUUGGUUCGCCACGUCAUGAAGAGUGAACGUCAGGAAGAGGAACGUAGACUGGAGGUACGAGUAGCAGAAGAUCGAGAUUUUGAGCGACUAAAACAUCUUUGUGAUUGUCAUGAUGGAUGGAAUCUGGCAUAUGAUCACCCACCGACAAAAGUUUUCACCAGACCCACAAAGAAUUCAACAUUUCAAAUGAUAAAGGUGUGCACUGUGUAUAGUGACAUAGAUGCCAAUGUCUUAUAUGAUGUCCUACAUGACCCACACUACCGGCAAAUAUGGGACAAACACAUGAUUCAUUCUGUAGAUGUUGGCUACCUCAACCCCAAUAAUGAUGUCUCUUACUAUGCAAUUUCAUGUCCAGCACCCCUAAAGAAUAGGGACUUUGUCCUGCAGCGGUCAUGGCUAGACACGGGAAGAGAGUUGUAUGUUCUGAAUCAUUCUGUAUUCCAUCAUCAGUAUCCUCCAAAGAAGGGAUUUGUACGAGGGCUUUCUCACCUUACUGGCUACCUGAUCCGCCCUCUACCUUCUGCUGGGUGUUCCUUCAGCUACGUAUCUCACUGUGAUCCCAGAGGAACGCUACCACCCUGGCUUGUCAACAAACUAACUCAUGUGCUUGCUCCUAAGAUGGUGAAGACGUUACAUAAGGCAAGUAGACAGUACAUUGCUUGGAAGUCCCAUAAUAAUCCGAACUACAAACCUUGGAUUUACCCGGAGCAGAUCAACUUACCCAGGAUAACUGUUAACCAGUGCACUAAGAGUCCAGCUGAUGACAUGGUGGACAUUGUCGAUGAAUCUCAGGUUGAUGAAAAAGCUCUUGCCCAUCUUGGUAAUGAAGACUUCUAAGAAUAUGGAGUCAGUUGUAGGGGUCCAUAGAUUGUGAUAUUAUGGAGCAUUUACCUUGCACCAGCAGGGAUUAUAAAGAUUUUAAAUGAUAAAUUCAAUAUAGUUCCUCAGAGAUAAGUGAUUGCUUCUGAACCAAAUUGCCUCAAUUAUAUUAAAAAAUUAGGCAAGUACCUUACAACAAAUGUUUGAUAAAGAAGCUGUGAAUGACUGGACAGCAGCAAUCACAAUAUAAUACUGACAGUUGUUAUUGCUUCCUUAAUUCUCAUCAUAGUCAGUUUACCUUGAACUACAUUGUGUUAACUCUUUUUAACGAGUAUAUUUCAUAAAUUAAUUUGUGUGCAAGCUGGAUGCAAGCUAAAUGAUUCAGUUAUGAAUACACUCCAAGAUAAGUUUGUUUGGAGCAAACUCCAAACUUUGUUUUUGAGUGAAUAAUAUAUUUUUACGUAUAGUAUAGUACUGUAUAGAUUUAAUUGCAAUGUUUAAACAAUAAAUAUCAUCUUUUCCUUUUUCAUAUGUAAAAUUAGUUCAUAGUAAAGAUAUGACUGAAAUUAGCCAUUGUUGCAAUUUAGGAUCAUAAUUUUGUAUUCUGUAAAGUACACAAUCAAAUUUUCAGCUGAAGUUUUUGUUACUUGCUCACUAGUUUGGGUUCUCAGAUACAGUUAAUAGGGAGGUAUUACUGCCUGUUUAUACAUUUAUCUUUUAAAAUACAGCAAGCAUAUACAUUCUAGUAAAAUAUUUAAUAAUUA